ACUUGUUUACGUUGCCGGCUCAAUGCAACUGCAGAGGCUUUCAUUUCACACUCUCUUCUAAUUUUCCUGGAAUUUAAACAGUUUCUAGUUUUUUUUCUCGUUCGAUUUCGUCAACGACGUGAUGGAGUCGACGGAGGAAGGGACUCAGUCCAACAACAAAGUGUCGCUGACGAUUAAACAUCGGAGGUGGGGUCGUCAACCGCAGUCUGAACCUCCUGCAAAAUAUUUGAAAACAAAUUUUAGCCGCAGUUCCACCCUUGCUCCUGUGAAUAGCUCGUCAGCCGCAGCAACUUGCAAUGAAGUUCAUCAAAACACGGGGGAACAUGUUUUGUCGACUUUCGACAGAAUGAUGACAGAAUCUCUUGAUAAUGGUAACCCAUAUCACGAUUUUUUGGAGACUUCUUCUUCUGAAGAUGAGUUGGCAAGUAGUUUAGUCAGCCCUGUAAAAAUUCAACGCGAAGAAGCCGUCAGUAUAUCCCAAAAGCUAAGCAUUCCCCAGGACAAGGUUAGAAUGGAAAUCCGUUCCCCACAAGGAUGGAAUCAAAGGACAAUGCUGAUCUCGAAGAGGAAAGUAUUGGGAUCUCCAAUCGAUAGGGAGAAACUAGUCAAGCAAUUUUCAUCUUCAGAAGUGAAUGAGUGUGGUGAUAUGGAUGAUAGCGAAAUUGAACCUAAAAUCGAAAAAGAUGAAUGUGAUGAUGAAAAAACAUUUUAUGCAGUCAUGUUUUCUAAACCAUCGAUGAAGAAACAUAAAACUUGGGACGAGGAUGGAUUCAUGGUCACCGACGGAAUUAAUUUUGUUCUAAAGGAUAGUAAUGGUGAAGUUAUUGAACGCAGCUCAAAGAUUAAAUUAACUGAAGAAAUGCUCUCAGAAUAUAAACCGUUCAGAUUUGGAGGCAAAGAAGUUCAGAUCCAGGAACAACUUUCCGAAAAUCCUUUUUGUGGUGCUCGAAGUUCUCCUUUAUCAGCUUUGAAUGCCGGUUCAGUUUGCAUUCAGGGGCAUGAAAAUAACGAAGAAUUUGUGGGAAGAACGACGGGAUCUGAUGAAUAUGACACACCAUACGAACAAGUUUUUGAGAAUUCCUCUGUACCUCAACAUGGACCGACAAAAAUUUACUCGUCCGAUGUUGUUGAUGAAGAUGAUGUUGAGGAGAUUCAUCUCGAAAGAUUUUACUCAGCCAUGUUUUCUAAACCAUCCACGAAGAAACACAAAACUUGGGACGAGGAUGGAUUCAUUGUCACCGACGGAACUAAUGUUAUUUUAAAGAAUAUAAACGGAGGAAUUGUAGGAAGUUCCAAGUUUCAAUUAACAGAAGAGAUGCUGUCAGAAUGUAAACCAUUCAAACUUGGAAGUAAAGAAGUACAGAUUCAAGAACAACUUCCGUAUAACCCUUUCCCAGAAAAAUUGUGCGAAUCCGAGUCUUACUAACCUAACCAGAGUCUUUUUGAAAUAUCUAUUUAAAGUGUGAAUAUAAUCAAUACUACAUACAACAUACACAAGUAUGUCAUUCAUUUCUUUUCAACUGUUUUGAUCUCCACUGUAAAACAAACAUAUCUUCGUAAUAUAUUAUCAGUUGUUGGUUUUCCAAUUACCACCAUAAAUUAUUGAAUGUUCUAAUAAUAAAAUUUCAACAUAUAACU